UGGAAGGCGAUGCAACGAUCGUGCGAUGUGGCUAGAAUCGCCCUGGCAGCUAAAUCGUCCUCUUUCACCCUCCCCCUUCACACGUCCCGCGCUUCUUGGCUCACACACGCGCAACUGGAACGAACUCACUCAGGUUCACGUUGGACAGUCUUCUUCUCUGCCGUCGACUUUCUCGAACUCCAGUGUUUCUCUUCAGGAAACCUUCUGGCCCGGUUCUGGUGGCUGUAUUCCUUGCCGGCUUAACGGCUCCAGCUCCCCCCGAUGUCCCCAUACACCAUCGAGCCUCCCUAGACUUCCGCUAGAUGGCGCGUCGCCCUCAGCCCUGGCCACCUAUCGUUCAGGUGGGACUGGAACUCCACCACGAGUAUGUCGUCAGUCCCAGGAGGGACAACAUACGCGUGGGCAUGCCCACCGGAUUCCGGAACACUAUUGAGCAUACGCCGGCGUGCCCUGAAUUCUUCUGCCGUGCCCAACGUAGG